AUGCGGCGACAAUGUCGGCCUCGUCGUCGCACCACCAGGACACCGACACGUACGGAGCGCGGCGUCAGGACGACGACAAGAGGAUGUCCAGCGGCGCCGAGACGCCGCGUCCGGAGGAGACGCCGGCCAAGGUCCUGCUGCUGCGACGAUGGAGCGACAUGCCGCAGCACCUCCAAUUCAAUCCGCACAUCUACACCGGCUACAGGCCGCUCAUGACCAUCCGCCAGUGCCUCGGUAGCCUUUUCUACAUCCACAACGAGACCGUCAACAUCCUGACGCACGGAUUCGCUAUCCUGUAUAUGUUGGUGACCGUGCCACAUCUCCUCCCAUGGAAUACAAAAGGGACACUCGUGGGAGUUCUGUCCUGGUGUCACUUGAUCGGCGCUGUUAGUCCGUGGAUCGGAUCCUUCCUGUACCACCUCUUCAUGAACGUAAACUACGACGAAGUUUUGUACAGAACACUGCUGAAAGUCGACAUGAUCGGCAUAUGGCUGUGCCAGAGUUUCGGAGCUAUACCGAUGAUGGCAGCCGCUGUUCAUUGCCUUGCCGAUAACGUCUGGUAUUGCUGCAUUUUUAUUUAUUGCUCCCUUAGUAUGUGGGGACUUUUAAAGGCAAUGACUGCGAGAUCACCAUGGGAAAGGCGUUUAUGUUUUGCCCCUCCUUUCCUAAUGAGAAUGCUGGUCAUGACGCUGAGGUGUUUCGGCAUUGGUGGCGGAUCACCCGAGGCUCUUAUUCAUAUAAUAUUACAGGAUCUCAUAGCUGUGAUAGGUGCAACCAUUGGCGCUCUUCGCAUUCCAGAGAAGUGGAUCCCCGGCAGAUUGGAUUUAGUGCUAAAUUCCCAUAAUGUGAUGCAUGUUAUGGUCGUCCUGGCGGUAUGCUCCAUGCACGCCGCAACCUUGAAGGACCUCGCCUGGAUGUCCGAUCCGUCUACGUGCAAUAAAACAAGCUCUCUUCCUUCGGGUCGCGAAGAAUUGUGAUUGAAUCAUGAAGAACGCGACGGCUUGCUGCAGUCUGUGAUAAAUCGAGCCUAUAACAACUGGCGAUUAGUCGAGCGUUUCGACAUUUGGAGACCAGAAAGUGCUGAAUUCUAUAAUAGAUAAAGUUAAGGAUAUCGAAAAAAAAAUAUAUAUACAUAUUAUACAUAUAUAUAUAAAACAGAGUUUAAUACAGAGUUACUUAAUUUAUGUGAUCAUUGCGGGACGGUUUAGGUACAAUCACGAGUACAAAGUACAUACGGUUACUUAUCAUAUCGAAUGCUUAAUGUAAUGGGAUAUUUGUGGUGUUUUUCUGCAAACACACAAAUAGGUAAAGUAGAAUUGAUGGAAACUGGCGGGAGUAUAAUGCGAGAAAGAAGUGAGUUUUGUCUUAUUUGUUUGUUUGUUAAAAGAGCAAAAUAUUUUACCUUAAAAUUUUUAACAAUAUAAUUGAAGAGAAAUAUCGUUUAUCAUCUUUCCAUUUUAAUGAAAUGAUAUACAUUUUUAUAUCAAAAAUGUAUCUAUCUUUUUUAUUGUAAUUAGUGAGGACAGUUUAUUUG